AUGAAGAAAGGAUGCAACGUUAUAUCUAUGAGGGAUGCAACGUUAUGUAGAUAUAUGAAUAUCACACAUAAUCAGAAAGCAGUACGUAAUCAUCCAAAAAGCAGUCAAAGCGCAUUGGAAUCGGCCAGAAGGAAGGCUGUGUGAAGACGUGAGUUUACGACAUAAACUCAAUUACGCCAAUAUGCAAUUUUGCGACAUUAUCGCAAAACGAGUCACCACAACAACUAUGGACGACGAAGACGCUAAGAAUUAUGUUAGCAACGGCACAGAGCAGCAGACAGGUGGGCCCACUGUAGAACAAAACGGCGAGCAACAGGACAUCUCUGGGUGGCUGAUGAAGAGGAGUAGGUUAACGAGGCAAUGGAGACGGCAGUGGUUCUGCCUGAAGGGCUGCGACUUGCAGUAUGGGGACUCGGCUGAGAAGCUUCGUAAAACUAUCCCGGUGACAGGCGCUCAGAUUGAAGAGGCCAAUGUUGGAAAGCCCCAUGCCUUCUCAGUGAAACCGCGGGACAGUGACAGAGUGUACCUUCUCCACGCAGACAGCGAAGAGGAGCAGCGCCGGUGGGUGGAGGCCAUCUGCUUGGCACGGAUGUCUGGCACGGAUGGGGACCAAUCACAAGCCUGCGUCAUACAGUGACCAAGGUGCAAGCUGUCAUGGAGCGAAUUCUGAGUGGACAUAAUGUUGCAUGAGCAGAUUGUGCUCCUGUCUGACAGAUUGGUACUCUAGACUGUCGACAUGUGAUGGCUAAUACCUGUGAGCCAGGUGUGUUGGAUCCUUGUUUGCAGACUGCAGCUGAUGUUCCAACUUGUCAGACUUUGAGCUGGUUCCACACAGAACAGCUUUUUUUCACAACUUUCCAGUGAUUCCCAUACUGGGCUCUUUUAGUUUAAGUAUUUUUUAUUGUUCCCUUUACUAAGAGGGAAACAGGUCGUUAUUAUCCUACUAAAAGAGCAAGAAUUUGUGUUGCAUAGAGUAGCUGAAUGGGGGCCUAGCUGGAAGUACUGUUACAUUGUACUUUCUCUUUAGAUAUAUCGCUUACUUUUUUUAUGGCUAUAAAAUAUGAAAUAGAUUGGAUCGAUGAUGGUAGUUGGACCAAUACUAAUGUAGCUAAGUCCUCCAUUUUUCUCAAGUCAUUUCUGAUGCUUUUACAACCAUGAAAACUGUUGAGUUCAGGGAAAUUAGAGCUGUGAAAAAUACUGUCUAUUGAAAGUGGACAUGCUUUCAGGUGUUAUUAGCACUGUAUAUUGCAGCUGAGCAACAAGUGGAAUUCAGUCAAUCUUUGAUACUGAAGACUCCCCUAGUAAAUGAUUUUAUUACUGCAAAAUGUUAGGCUAGAGGGCCACCGCGGAAAGUUUGUACAUCACUCACUGGCUAAAAUUGGUUAAAACAAACUCUCAGAUAUAAUUAGAAAAUUAAAAUGAAUAAAAUUUAUCUCUUUAUAGUGUGUCACAAACUCAAUAGUGCAAGUUCCGAGCUAUAUGACUAAGCUGUGGUACACAUACAAGAUCCUAAUUUUAUAACAUCUUGUAUUGACCAACAAGACAUGCUUAUUGUUCUGAACAUCAACUUUUAUGCAGAGGCCAGCCAAUCUUCCACUAUACUAUUAACAUGGUGGGCCAUUGUAUAUAUUGGUCUCAUAGUUAGACAGCUGACAUUACCAAUGUGUGCUCCAUGUAUAGAUAUGUGUAUAAAUCAAACACACACAAUAAAAAAUACAUUAAGGAUUAACUGAAUACUUUAUUCAGUACUGUACACUGUUGCUGUUUUUUAGACUCAAAUUAUGGAAUACAUUUAACUUCUUUUUGUAUGUGUGUGGGGACAGGUACAUAUACACUGAACAAUUGAAUGUUCUGUAGCACAAGCACAAGGUUCUCCAUACUAGUAAGCUAUUUCUCUUUUUAAAUAUGUAUCAAAUUCUAUUUUUGAUUAAGCAAAUAAUUCAAAUAAGCGUGUGUGCCUGUUUGAAAAAAAAAAUGCAGAAAAAUUUACAUGAUAGUUGACAAUACCUGUAAUAGUAAAUAACUGUCUACUAUGUACAUAGACAUAGUAGACACAGGACAAGAAUAAAAUCUUUAUUCUCCAAAUGUACAAAUGUGGUACUACUGUAAACUUGUCUGUAAACUUUAAAGUGACAAAACUGUUAAUGGAAUGUAGAUCAUUGGUAAAGAGUGGUAGUUCUUGUUUUGAUGGAACAAAAGCAUACAAAUAAUUCAGUGUGUUAUCCUGAA